AUGAGAUCUCCGGUGGUAGAUCAAGACAUGAUUCAAGAAAUCAUCUCUCGUCUUCCAGCUUCGGAUGUUGGAAAGUCAAGGCUCCUGAACAAAGAAACCAACGAGAGAAGCUACGAGUCGUGGUUCCUCAACCUAAACCUCCAUAGAACCAAUUCUAUCUCAGGAUACUUCGCGCAAUACUACGGAGAAGGAUACAAAUACAAGAACAGAUUUAUCCAUGAGAGGAGAGGUUUCGAGAACAAUAAAGUCUCGAUCGAUUUUCUACCACCAGGAAACGUCAAAAUCGAAGCUUGCGACGCAAGUAACGGGAUCAUGCUGUGUGCUCUUGAAACAGGACCAAGUGCGCCGGAGUUUAUAGUCUGCAAACCAACGACAAAGCAGUACCAGAUCAUACCGGAUCCCAUAAUGCAGAAUCUCGCCGUCUCGUUCGGUUUAGCGGUAAUCCAAUCAAACCCUUUCAGGUACAAAAUACUUAGGCUUUCCCCUAUGAAAUACGUACGGAGAUUAAACAACCGGAAUCAUAGAACCUUCGCUUGCGAAGUGUUCGAUUCCGGUUCGUUUUCUUGGAAGAGAAUUAAGAAUUUGCGUAUACCAAGAAACGACGGACUUGGUAUUACAAAACCGGUGGAAGCUGCUGGUUUAUUCCACUGGUUAUCAUGGGGGGACAAAGUGAUCCGGUUCUGUCUCGAAACCGAGUCUUGGUCUUUCUUUCAAACCCCGAAGUUCGGUGUUUCUCCGAAACUGGUCAGGUACGAGGGGAAGCUAGGUGUUGUUCGUUCGUCGUUUAGGGAUUCUGGUGAGAGAUUUUACCGGUUGUGGGUUUUAGAGAGAAGUUGUGAAAAGUUGUGGGUGGAAGUGAAAGAUGUUAAAAACAUGGGGAUAGGAGAUAAUGUUUUGUGGACUCCAUGCAACGACGUCGUGACGUUCUCUGCAUGUGAUCGUCUUUUCUCCUACGACACAAACACUGAGAAGGUGGAUAUCUUUCACGUGAAGAAGGUUAAUUACGUUUGUUUCCCGUUUUGUUCUGACUACGAGAAGGUUGAUCUUAAUAAUCAGAAUGUGAAACAAGAGGAAGAGGUGCCAAAUGCAAUUUAG